UUGAGGUCCAUAGAAAGGUUCGGGGUUGGCUGUAGGUUAUAUCCGGAAGACAAAUGGGUUAAAUUAAACUAUUUCUUUUUUCUGUGUUCGUUGAAACAGCACACUAGCUUCAGCCCGUCUUCUUACUGAAAGCGUAUUUAUAUUAGGGCCCACUUAAUGAGGAAACAGCGCAAGAAAUGACAAAAAGUCCUGGGUGACGAGAGCAACAGCUCCUCGUUACUCCUGUUCGUUAUCGCCGAGCAAAGGCUACAAGACAAGGCGAGACUCACUUGUUAAAGCAAGCAGGUCUGUGAAACAGUGAAGCAUGAGAUUAACAGUCCCCCUACGAGCUGCGGCUGUGGUGCUGCUGGUGGGUCUCACCUGGCUGCUAGCAAACACCUUAUUUGGAGGAGAGAAUGGUUCAUCAAUGCUACAUUUCUUUAGCGGUACAAGUGAAGAACCAACCCCAGAACCCCGGCCACGAAGAUAUAAAUGUGGACUUUCAGCCCCUUGUCCCCCAAAGCAUCUGGCUUUCCGUCUGGUGUCUGGUGCUGCUAACGUCAUUGGUCCCAAAAUCUGCUUGGAGGACAAGAUGUUAGUGAGCAGUGUGAAGAACAAUGUUGGCAGGGGACUAAACAUAGCCUUGGUGAAUGGGGUGACUGGCGAGCUUUUAAAGACAAAAACCUUUGAUAUGUGGGCAGGAGAUGUUUCGGACUUGUUGAAGUUUCUCCGGCCGCUCCAUGAGGGAACACUUGUGUUUGUGGCCUCCUUUGAUGAUGCAGCUACAAAGCUGAAUGACGAGUCUCGACGACUGUUUGAGGAGCUUGGCAGCACAGCGGUGAAGGAUUUGGCCUUUAGAGACAGCUGGGUGUUUGUUGGAGCCAAGGGCAUUGAAAAUAAGAGUCCCUUUGAGCAGCGUAUGAAAAACAGUAAGAGCAGCAACAAAUAUGAAGGCUGGCCUGAGUCUCUGGAGAUGGAUGGCUGUAUUCCCCUACGGCCACCGCUGGAAGGUUAACUCUGCCCAGUACUCGCUCACAUGGAUGGCAACAAAACCUGGAGUAUCAGCAGCAAAACAGAAUAACUGUCAGAAGGUCCAGGAGCUGCUAAAUGACUGACACCGUUCAAGAUCUGAACCACAAAUAACUUUUUAUUUUCCUUCUGGUGGCAGGGGCAUGAGCUUAGUGCAAAGAUUGUCUUGACAUGAUGGAUUUAAAGUUGCUAGAACCUGCUGUAGGCGAUUUCUGAUUUACGCUUUUGUGAGACACUUUGGAACUGAAGUGAUGGUUUGGAAAAAAAGGACGAUUGCUUUAGGUUGAGUGGAAAUUUCUAAGUCCAAGUCACUGUUUCCUUUAUGAAAAUCUUUUCACCUGAGAAGAGGAAAAGAAGUAUAUAUAAAAAAAAAAAGUUCCAGGCAGCCCUAUACUCACUGUGCAAAUGUAUAGUGCUUUGGGAAUUAUGCAAUUGCUCUGCCUCCCUUCUCAUGUGAAACUGUCAGUGCAUACAGCUUUGAUGAGAGGAUAAAGCCUAAUUAUGCUUUUGGUUACAAAUAAUGAUUGAGUGUGAAUUAUAGGAAGAGCUGUCAAAACUUGUCCUUUUCCAAGUUUUAUGUCAGCAAAUAAGGCUAACGAUGAGGUUAGCUUGUUCUGUGACUUAGGAUUUUUUCUUAGUCACCAAAUGUAUUUCUCUGUGUUUCAGUUAUUUAAAAAGAAAAUCAUUGAUAAUGUUCUUCUGGGAUUAUGGUUUUGAUGGCAGAUGGGGGAAAGAGGAAAACAGAUACAGUAGAGAUAAAAUGCACAAGCUAUAAGGCUGGGUAAAUACACAUACACAAUGUGUAUGAUACUGAUCAGGGAAAAGAAAGUGCUGCUAGCUAGGCUGCAAACUUUGCCAAUUAGUCAAUUCACAGUGCCCUCUGUAAAUACAGAUCCAAAGAGGCAAAAUGUAUGAACAGCUAUAUUUCAGUACAUUUUUUCUGAAGGUUGUUUUGCAAACUUCAUCACUUUCUCACAUUUCCAAUGUGACAUAUUCACUUCAAUCAUCACCCAGUUACAUCCAGCAUUAGAUAACCAAAGUGUAACAAUGGCGAGUGGGUGAAUACAUCUCUUCCAAUGCCAUUGUUGGAAAUGGGUUAAAAAAAAAAAAAAUCUCUCUCCAAGACUGCCUGUAGGUGUUUUUGUGCUUGAGCAACACCACAGGGAAGUGCUUAACACAGAAGCAGAAAAAAAGUAAGCCCUGAGUGGUUUCACACUGGGAAACCUAAUCCAUGUCAGAGUAGAAAAAAAGUCUGAGAAACUCUAGAACGUUAAAGUCCUCAGGACUAUGACUGUGGACAUAUUUUAUAUUUAAUACUUUAAUAUAUUUUCAUGAUGUGUUAUUCAGUAAUGUUAUGCAUAGUACUUAGAUGCCAUUGUUUUCAUAGAAUUUAAUCUAUGGCAAUUGUUGCUCAUCACAUGUUUACAGCUUUUUUUUUUCUAGAUAAAAUCAGCCUUGCUCAUUAUCCUUUUAAUAAAACUAUUUCAUUUUUAAUGCUUGAACAGAAAGCAAAUUAUUUGUGUGGCCUCAUCAUAACGUCCCCACUGGUUCUGAUGUUGUCCCAUGCCUCCAGGUAUUUUUAAACUUAAUGCUUUGCUUAAAGAUUCAGCCUACUUGUGUGUGUUUUUUCUUUUAUCUUUUUUUUAUUUGAAUGUAUUCAUUUGGCUUUUGAAAGUCUAAUGUAAGAAAUAUAAAGAAAUAUUUCAUAUUUAUCACUACAUGAUUAAAGGUCGAUUUUAUCUGCCUUUCUGAGUUAGGUUGUGUGACCAAAGGGUAAUUUUUUUUCUACAAAAGAUUACAGUCUGUGUUUUUAUUGU